UGGACUACUUCGGCAAGGUGGACCGCGUCUUCACCUCCGACAGGGACUGGGGCCACGGCACGGAGGCGGAGCCCGGGCUCGGCGGCCGGGGGCUCUACUGGCCGCGCGGCAAGGUGGUGGGCGGGUGCUCCUCCUUCAACACGAUGGUGUGGAUGCGCCCGGAGCCCCAGGACCUGCAGCGCUGGGCCGAGCUGAUGCAGGACGAGUCGUGGGGCUACGCGGGGAUGCUGCCGCACUUCCGCCGCGCCGAGGCGCACCCGCUGGCGGCCGAGCGGCCGGACAUCCACGGCGCCGACGGCCCCAUCGCGGUCGCCAGGCUGGAUCACCCGCAGCACAGCCGGGCGGCGCACGAGGCCACGCACGCCUUCGUGGACGCGGCCGUGUCCUUGGGGAUCCCCGCAAACGCCGACUUCGGUGAGGGCCUCCUCGGUGCGGGCAUCAACGACGUGAGCGCGGCGGGCGGCCGCCGCUGCAGCGCGGCGGCCUACCUCCAGCGGGCGGGCGCGUGCCCCACGGCGGGGGCGCGCACCGCCCGCGCCGGCAACCUGGAGGCCGCGCCGCCACGCAGGCCACCCGCGUGCUGUUCGCUCCCGGCGGCGGCGCCGCCGGUUUGCCGCGCGCUGUGGGGCUGGAGGUCUGCGAGGAUGCCCACGGAGAGGGCCGGCGCCGCCGCAGGGUGCUGGCGCGGCGGGAGGUGA